UCCGGUUAGUAUAAGUUAAGUUACAGGCACCGGCGAGUUGCACUACGCUGUGUAGAACUUGGUAACUGGUUCCACGUUAAUAAGACAAAUUAGUAAUUUCGGCAUGGCAGAAGAGGCAGUCACACAGCAGAUGGAAGGUUUGCAAGUACAAGAAAGAAAUAAGGAUGGUGCAGGAGACAAAGGCAGCAAGGAAGCCGGAAAGAAGAAGAACAAGGGAGGAGAUUCUUCGGGUCGAUCUGAGUUGAGCCCCCUGCCCCAGUACAUUGAGGACCGCCUGGGCAUUUACAACAAGCUGAAGGAGGAGCAUGACGCCCUGAUGGCAGAGAGGGCAGCUAAGGACAGCAAGCCCAUCAAGAUCACACUCCCGGAUGGGAAAGUGGUCGACGGCGAGUCGUGGAAAACCACCCCUUACCAGGUGGCCUGUGGAAUCAGUCAAGGUCUGGCCGACAACACAGUGAUCGCCAAGGUCGAUAACAACGUGUGGGACUUGGACAGGCCCUUGGAGGGAGACUGCAGCCUGCAGCUGCUCAAGUUUGACGAUGAGGAGGCACAAGCAGUGUACUGGCACUCUAGCGCCCACAUCAUGGGGGAGGCCAUGGAGAGGGUGUACGGAGGGUGCCUGUGCUACGGCCCACCCAUAGAGAAUGGCUUCUACUACGACAUGUACUUGGAUAACGAAGGCGUGUCGAGCAAUGACUUCCCUUGCCUGGAGAAUCUGUGUAAGAAGAUUAUAAAGGAGAAGCAGCCCUUUGAGAGACUGGAGAUAAAGAAGGAGACCCUGCUGGAAAUGUUCAAGUACAACAAGUUCAAGUGCAGGAUUUUGAAUGAGAAAGUGAAGACCCCGACAACUACUGUUUACAGGUGUGGCCCACUCAUUGACCUCUGCAGGGGGCCCCAUGUCAGACACACUGGAAAGAUCAAGGCCAUGAAGAUCCACAAGAACUCUUCCACAUACUGGGAAGGCAAGGCGGAAAUGGAGUCCCUCCAGCGGCUUUACGGGAUCUCCUUCCCGGAUCCCAAGAUGCUGAAGGAGUGGGAGAGGUUCCAGGAGGAGGCCAAGAACCGGGAUCACCGCAAGCUGGGCCGGGAGCAGGACCUGUUCUUCUUCCACGACCUCAGCCCCGGGAGCUGCUUCUUCUUGCCCAAGGGAGCCUACAUCUACAACACCCUCAUCGAGUUCAUCAGGAGCGAAUAUAGGAAGAGGGGCUUCCAGGAGGUGGUGACCCCCAACGUCUACAACAGCAAGCUGUGGCAGACCUCUGGCCACUGGCAGCACUACAGCGAGAACAUGUUCUCCUUCGAGGUGGAGAAGGAGACCUACGCUCUCAAGCCCAUGAACUGCCCUGGACACUGCCUGAUGUUCGACCACCGGCCACGGUCGUGGCGCGAGCUGCCCCUGCGCAUGGCCGACUUCGGCGUGCUGCACCGCAACGAGCUGUCGGGAGCGCUCACGGGCCUCACCCGCGUGCGCCGCUUCCAGCAGGACGACGCCCACAUCUUCUGCUCCAUGGACCAGAUCGAGGAGGAGAUCAAGGGCUGUCUGGACUUCCUGCGCACCGUCUACAACGUGUUCGGGUUCACUUUCAAGCUGAACCUGUCCACCCGGCCAGAGAAGUUCCUGGGGGAGCCGGAAGUGUGGGACCAGGCUGAGAAGCAACUGGAGAACAGCCUCAACGAGUUUGGGGAGAAGUGGGUGCUGAACCCGGGGGACGGGGCCUUUUAUGGACCAAAGAUCGACAUUCAGAUCAAGGACGCCAUCGGCCGGUACCAUCAGUGCGCUACCAUCCAACUGGACUUCCAGCUGCCGAUCCGCUUCAACCUCACCUUCGUCAGCCAUGACGGGGACGACAAGAAGAGGCCUGUGAUCAUUCACAGAGCCAUCCUGGGCUCGGUGGAGAGAAUGAUCGCCAUCCUGACAGAAAACUAUGGAGGCAAAUGGCCCCUCUGGCUGUCUCCACGUCAAGUGAUGGUCAUUCCUGUGGGUCCCACCUGUGAGGAGUACGCACAGAAGGUUCAGCAGGAGUUCCACAUUGGUGGCCUGAUGUCUGAUGUGGAUCUGGAUCCAGGCUGCACUCUCAAUAAGAAGAUCAGGAACGCACAGCUGGCUCAGUACAACUUCAUCCUGGUGGUGGGAGAGAAGGAGAAGAGCAGUGAAACGGUCAACGUCCGCACCCGCGACAACAAGGUCCACGGAGAGCGGAGCGUGAAGCAGUGCCUGGAGCGCCUGCGCCACCUAAAGGACACACGCAGCCGGCAAGCCGAGGAGGAAUUCUGAGCCAUCCUCGGUCCCUGGCAGUUACCCAAAGCAACCACACGAGCAGCAAUCCAGCCACAGCACAUGAAGGAUCAUACAUACAGCCGAUUUUUUUUGCCUUACUUGCUUAUAUUAUAACGAUGUUCAUUUCUUACAAUGUCCAAGUGACCAGUACAUCUUAGGUCUAAGUUAUGGUGUUUAUAUAUGUUAAUAAUUAAUGGUUAAAGGUUGUUCACAACCUGGUUGGUCAUCUUGUUGUUUUUCUUUUUUAUCUCUCUAAUGUCUGUCAAAGUUGCGUUUGAAAUCAUGAUGCUGUCGAUUUAUCAGAUUCUUAAUUCGUUCCGCAAAAUGCAAUUCCAGAUGAUUAAAAAAAUACUCUGCCACUGUGUUUGGGAUUCUGUGUUUUGAAAGGGACAUUUUAAUUAGUUCAGUGUAGUGCUGGUGUGGCAGCCAUCGUAAGUUAUGGAAUGAAAGUAGAUUUGUCUUACAGCCUAAAACCGCUCGUGAAAUUGUGAGUCAAUUUUACAAUAAAAGAUUAUUCUUGCAUUUU